CCGCAUCCUCUUAUCGAUAACCGUCACUUAUCGCUUUCCAUCCAUCCUCCAUCAUCAUCACCAACAACACCAUCAUCAUCGUCAUCAGACUGCCAGCUGCCAAACGUCUUCACGAUGAUUGAGACCUUCCUCAAGGAGACUUUUCCGGGGGUGACUCCGACCUCGACUGUGGCGCCCAUCCCCACCGUCGUCCCAGGCAAUGAGCCCAUUUUCCAGGAGAUCCAUGAUACUGGCAAACGCACAUUAUGGGUCGUCACCGUGCUCAUGGCCCUGUCUUCCCUGGUGUUCUACGUUCUGGGAGCUCGUGUACCACUGAGCAAGCGCGUCUUCCACACUCUCGUCUCCCUCUCCGCCACCAUCUCCUUCAUCAUCUACCUCGCCCUCGCCACCGGCGGCGGCAUCACCUGGAAAGUCGACACCGUCAAGCUGCACAACAAGCAUGUGCCCAACACGCACCAGGACUACUUCCGCCAGGUGCUGUGGCUGCGCUACGUGCUGUGGUUCCUGACCGAGCCGCUCAGCCUGAUCAGCUUGAGUCUGCUGUCCGGUCUUCCCGGGGCUCACCUGCUGGUGGCCAUCGCCGCCGACUUCGUCAUGCUGGGCUCGGGUCUGCUGGGCACCUUCGCCGGCCACACCUCGCGCCGCUGGGUCUGGUUCACCAUCAGUGCCAUCGGAUACCUGACGACCGUGUACCACAUCAGCGUGAACGGGGCCCGCGCCGCCAGCAACAAGGAUAACCAGACCCGCAAGUUCUUCGGAACCAUCUCCGGCGUGACUCUGCUGGUGAAGGUUUUGUUCCCUGUCACCAUCGCCGCGGGCGCUCUGGCCCUGAAGAUCAACGUCGACGUGGAGACUAUCCUGUUUGCCAUCUACGAUAUCUUCUCCCAGGGAUUGAUCGGAUACUGGCUGAUCAUUGCGCACGACAGUGCUCCGGGAAUUACCCUCAACGUGGACGGCUUCUGGUCCAACGGUAUCGGCAAUGAGGGCGCCAUCCGUAUCGGUGAGGAUAACGGAGCUUAAAUUGCGACGGACUUGGUAUGUAUCUCAAGGAGAGUGACAGGUGUUGAUGGAAAGUUCCGCUGGGAUUUUCGGUUUGGGAGGCAGUGUGAACAGGAGGGGUGUGAUAUGACUGG